AUGUCAUUUUUGAAAGACAGUCUAAAGCCAAUGGCUAAAUUGAUGGCUUAUUCUGCCAAAUUCUCUGCAAGACAUCCAAUUCACUUUAUCUUCUUUUCCCUAUUGGUUUCAUCCAUUGCAUAUUUAUCGGUUAUACAUUAUUAUGUUAAUGGUUGGAAGUUAGGAACAUCAUCCAUAUAUUCAUCAUCAAAUCCAGAUUCUGAUUUAUUUUUCGAAGAAUGUACUCAUUAUUACAGAUCCCCUUCUUCAGAUGUCUGGAGCUUAAUACCAUCUAAUGAAGCUUCUAAGUUGUCUGUACCAAAACAUUAUUAUUUAUUCAAUUUGCAAUUUGAUAAAACUGAUGAAACUACCCCAUUGCCAAAAUUGAACAAUGUAUUCUACGAAACAGAACAUUCCAAAUACAUUUUACAAGAGGAAAUUUAUUACCCAACUGUCUUUGAAGUAGCAAAUGGUAAAAAAUGGAGAUUAUCCAACAACAGAAACCACUUCUUAGAAAUUCAACAUUUAUUAUCAUCUGCUUAUGAAAGGUUUGCUGUAAGAUUUAGCCAAUCAGAACCAUUUGACAUUUUCGUUAUUGCCUCUGCAUACUUAAUGGUCGCAUACACUAUUUUCAGUUUAUUCAAACAAAUGAGUAAAACUGGUUCUAGAUUCUGGUUAAGUCUAGCGACCUUGUUGAAUUCAGCAUGCGCUUUAUUCGUUGCUUUAUACACUGUCCAAUUUAUUACUAAGACACCGGUACCAGCUUCUAGUUUGAUCGAAGGUUUGCCAUUUAUUUUAGUCAUCAUUGGUUUUAAACAUAAGAUUAGACUAGCACAAUUCAGUUCAGAAAAAUUUCAAAAGAUCGGUUUGUCUAAAAAAAUGACCAUUGAUAACAUAAUUUACGACUCCAUGUUGGAAGAAGCUCCAACUUUGAUUCACGAUCACUUAUUAUGUAUCAUUGCUUUUGUUGGUUGUUCAAUCUACGCUAGCCACUUAGAAUCUUUGGCCAAUUUUUGCAUUCUAUGUGCAUUAAUCUUGACCUUUGAAUUAUUCUUUACUGCCACCUUUUAUUCUGCUGUUUUAUCAUUAAAGCUCGAAAUUCACAUCAUUUACAGAUCAACAAUUAUCAAACAAGCUUUGGAAGAAGAUGGUGUAAUUCCAACAACCGCUGAAUUAAUUUUUGGCGCUGAAAAUAAAUCAAAGAACUCACUUUUAGGUUCCAGCAUCGCUGUGAAUGUUAUUAAGAUCUCUGUUGUUGUAUUGUUCAUCGGUGUUAACCUAUACAAUUUUGGUAUUAGAUGGGCUUCGGAAACUGUCUCUUAUUUGUACAAUGACUCUACAACUUUAUCUUUACCUGAAUUUAUUUCAUCUGGAAAAUCUUCUAAUUUUAGCGAUUCUGUUAUAAUAUCUAUGGCUCCAAUCCAAUAUUACGAAAACGUGAAAACCUAUCAUAAAAUUGAAGACAAUUUGGUAACCAUUUUAAGUUACUUCAGCUCAGCCAUUCGUGACAGCUUUGUCAGUAAGGUCAUAUUUGCUGUAUUGGCGGUUAGUGCAUCUGUAAACAUCUAUUUAUUAAACGCUACAAGAAUCCACACUAAGUACACUGCUGAUGAAUUGACCAAAAGAAAGGCUAAAAACCAAAUUAAGAGAAAGUCAAUCUCUAAAGAAGUACCUCAAAUGACUAAACCUUCUCCUGUUGUCAAGAGUGAACCAUUGAAGUCUUUAGGUAGCUCCACCUCCAUUUGUACUAAUGUUUCUAAUUUCUCAACUGAAGAAGAAUCUGAAAGUGACGAUAGCACAACCCCUCAACGUUCUUUGGAAGAGUUAGAAGCUAUCAUGAAGGCCGGCAAGGUUAGUACUUUGAAGAAUAAUGAAGUUGUUUCUUUAGUAGUUGGUAACAAAUUACCAUUGUAUGCUUUAGAAAAGCAAUUGGGUGAUACUACUCGUGCUGUUGUUGUUCGUCGUAAAUCUUUGGCAAUUUUAGCUGAUGCUCCUGUUUUAUCAUCUGAACGUUUACCAUACAAACAUUACGAUUAUGAUCGUGUCUUUGGUGCUUGUUGUGAAAAUGUUAUUGGUUUUAUGCCAUUACCAGUUGGUGUUAUUGGUCCAAUGAUCAUUGAUGGUGUUUCUUAUCACAUCCCAAUGGCUACUACGGAAGGUUGUUUAGUUGCUUCUGCAAUGCGUGGUUGUAAAGCAAUCAACGCUGGUGGCGGUGCUAUUACUGUUGUCACAAAGGAUGGUAUGACAAGAGGUCCAUGUGUUCGUUUUGCAACAUUAGCCAGAGCUGGUGCCUGUAAGAUUUGGUUAGAUUCAGAAGAUGGUCAAAAUAGAAUUAAGAAAGCCUUCAAUUCUACUUCAAGAUUCGCUCGUUUGCAACAUAUCCAAACUGCUUUAGCUGGUGAUUUGUUAUUUAUCCGUUUUAGAACUACUACUGGUGAUGCUAUGGGUAUGAAUAUGAUUUCUAAAGGUGUUGAAUUUUCCUUGAAUCAAAUGGUCAAUGAAUUUGGUUGGGAUGAUAUGGAAAUCGUUUCUGUUUCUGGUAACUACUGUACUGAUAAAAAACCAGCUGCUAUUAACUGGAUUGAAGGUCGUGGUAAAAGUAUUGUCGCUGAAGCUACUAUCCCUGGUGAUGUAGUUAGAAAGGUUUUGAAGAGUGAUGUUGCUGCUUUAGUAGAAUUGAAUAUAUCUAAAAAUUUGAUUGGUUCAGCUAUGGCUGGUUCAGUCGGUGGUUUCAAUGCUCACGCAGCUAAUCUAGUUACUGCUGUUUACUUAGCGUUAGGUCAAGAUCCAGCUCAAAAUGUCGAAAGUUCCAACUGUAUUACUUUAAUGAAGGAAGUUGACGGUAACUUAAGAAUUUCUGUGUCUAUGCCAUCCAUUGAAGUUGGUACUAUCGGUGGUGGUACUAUUUUAGAACCUCAAGGUGCCAUGUUAGAUUUAUUAGGUGUUCGUGGUCCACAUCCUACUGAACCAGGUACCAAUGCUCGUCAAUUGGCUAGAAUUGUCGCUUGUGCCGUCUUGGCAGGUGAAUUAUCAUUAUGUGCAGCACUAGCUGCUGGUCAUUUGGUUCAAAGUCAUAUGGUCCACAACCGUGCAAAAGCUCCGGCCACAACUCCAAGCCCAUCGCCAGCUAUUACUCCUGCCCCAGCUCCGGCCGCAGAAUUAAGCAAGGAAGAUAUUCAACGUAUGAAAGAAGGUUCCGUAACAUGCAUUAAAUCAUAG